AUGGACCAGGCGGGGCGGCGCAAGAGCAGCCUGCGGUCGCAAGGGUCCGGCAAGUCCUCGUCGCGGCCGGGGUCAGGGGCGCUGGAGGAGGUCGUCGUGAAGAUCGACGGGAACGGGAACGGGCAGGCCCCGUUCUCCUUCCACGGCGCGGAUGGCGGCGGCGUGGGCGGCGGGGGAAGGGCGGGGAAUGCGACCCCCAGCACCAACUCCACGGCGACCACGCCGCGGACGGCGAGCAGGCCGAGGUCGAGCGAGGCCAACUCGCCGCGGUCCCCGGCAAAGGUGUGGCGGGAGGGGAGCUACGAGUUCUGGAACAACGAUGGCGCCGGCGGCGCCGAUGGGCGGCCCGCCGCCACCGAGGCGUUCAGCUUCAAGAACCGCCCGCCUCAGUCGCCGUCGGAUGCGCCGUCCCCUUCGCUGUCUCCGCAGCAGCAGCAGCAGCAGGCGAGCGCCGCGGCGGAGGGUGGCGGCGUGGACCCGCCCACACGGCUCAUCGGGAACUUCCUCCGGAAGCAGGCCGCGUCCGGCGCCGAGAAGUCGCUCGACCUCGACCUGGAGAUGGAGGAGCUCGGGAGGACGGCGCAGCUGCGCGAGCAGCCGUCCUUCUCCAGCUCGCUCGAACGGGACGCGCGCGUCUCCUUCCAGGAGCCCCAGAAGCGGAACUCCGCGUCGUCGUUUUCCUCCGAUUCCGACACCGACGACGACGGCCGAAAGCGCGGCGGCGGCGAAGACGACGGCGAGGUGGUUCGCUGCACGUCCUCGUCCACUGCGGCGGGAGCGGGGCCGUUGCUGCGAGCCAAGACGCGCUCCCGGCUCAUGGACCCGCCGCCGCAGCCACAGCCGCCACCGGCAUCGGCUCAGGCACCCGCCGCGACUCCUGUCAUCGACGAGGAGCGGAGAUCGUCAGGCUUGCGGACUCCUACAAAGUCCGGCCAGCUCUUCUCGAGGCUAAUGUCCGGCAAAAAGUCCGGCCCCAUGGGCAAGUCAGGUCCGAUAGAGGAGGAGGAGGACGACCCAUUCGCGGACGAGGACAUCCCCGAUGACUUCAAGCGUGGGAAGCUGGACGCGCUGACUGUCCUGCAGUGGCUCGGCUUAUUCCUCGUCAUCGCGGCAUUGGUGUGUAGCCUCACCAUAAAGAUCUUGUCCGAGAAGAAGGUGGUUGGUUUGCACCUCUGGAAGUGGGAGCUCCUCGUGUUCGUGCUCAUCUGCGGCCGUCUCGUCUCCGGAUGGGUCAUCAGGAUUGCCGUGUUCGGCGUCGAGCGCAACUUCUUGCUGCGGAAGCGUGUGCUCUACUUUGUGUAUGGCGUGCGCAGCGCCGUGCAGAACGCGCUCUGGCUCGGCCUGGUGCUCGCCUCUUGGCACUUCUUGUUCGACAAGAACGUCCAGCAGGAGACGAACUCUCCAGUGCUGCCCUACGUGACGAAGGUGCUAUUCUGCUUCCUCGUUGCCACGCUCAUCCGCCUUGUCAAGACAUUGCUGCUCAAGGUGCUGGCCUCGUCCUUCCAUGUCUCCACAUAUUUUGAUCGGAUUCAGGAGGCAUUGUUCAACCAAUAUGUCAUCGAGACACUAUCUGGGCCACCUCUAGUGGAUGAAAACCAUGUGCUUCAGGAGGUUCAUGAGCUCCAACGCGCAGGUGCAACCAUACCAAAGGAGCUUCGUGAUGCAGUGCCAACCAAGAAUGUGUCUGGGCAAAGGAACAUUCAGUUAUCGGGGGUCAUGCCUAAGGGAGAAGGCAGCAAGCAGUUGUCGAAGGAGAAAGGGGAAGGGAUCUCUAUUGACAUGCUUCAUAAGCUCAACCAGAAAAACGUCUCAGCUUGGAACAUGAAGAGGUUGAUGAGGAUCGUUCGGUUUGGGACACUAGCAACUAUGGAUGAGCAGAUACAGCAGGCAACAGGUGAGGGGGAUGAAUCAGCAACACAGAUACGCAGUGAAUAUGAGGCAAAGAUAGCUGCCAAGAGGAUCUUUCACAAUGUAGCAACGCCUGGCUCCAAGUACAUAUACUUGUCAGAUUUAAUGAGAUUCAUGAGGAGGGAAGAGGCCAUCAAAGCAAUGGAUCUUUUUGAAGGAGCACAGGAGCACAACAGGGUCAGCAAGAGGUCUCUCAAGAAUUGGGUGGUGAAUGCAUUUAGAGAGCGCAAGGCUCUUGCCCUUACACUUAAUGAUACAAAAACUGCAGUGAACAAGCUGAACCAGAUGGCUAACGUUGUUGUCGGGAUCAUUGUAUUUGCACUCUGGCUUCUUAUUCUGGGUAUAGCGACAACCCAUUUCUUUGUCUUCCUCAGUUCACAGCUUCUCUUGGCAGUUUUCGUAUUUGGGAAUACACUGAAGACAAUUUUUGAGGCAAUUGUCUUCUUGUUCGUGAUGCAUCCGUUUGAUGUUGGUGAUCGUUGUGAGAUUGAAGAUGUUCAGCUGGUUGUUGAGGAAAUGAAUAUCAUGACAACAGUGUUUCUCCGAUAUGAUAACCUGAAGAUCUAUUAUCCAAACAGUGUACUUGCCACCAAACCAAUUAUGAAUUUUUACAGAAGUCCGGACAUGGGAGACGCAAUUGACUUUUCCAUUCAUGUUGCAACGCCCGUGGAGAAACUGGCCCUCAUGAAGGAACGCAUAUUACGUUACAUCGACAACAAGAAGGAACAUUGGUACCCGGGAGCCAUGAUCGUCCUCCGGGAUGUCGAUGAGACCAACAAGCUGAAGGUAUCAAUAUGGUUCCGGCACACGCUCAACUUUCAGGACAUGGGCAUGAGGUUCGUGAGGCGGGAGCUCGUGCUCCAGGAGAUGAUCAGAGUCUUGAAGGACCUCGAGAUAGAGUACCGGAUGCUGCCGCUCGAUGUUAACGUGCGGAAUGCGCCUCCGAUCCAAUCCACAAGGAUGCCCACAACAUGGAGUUACUCGUGAGGCGAUGACAAGGCUGGAGCUUUCAGCCGUGAGAUUGCCGAUGAGCAACUUGCUACCUUGGUGGGUGUCAGCGCAAAGUGGUUUUCGCUGCAGGUGCUUGGUAGCAACUAGAGCUAGAGAACAGCAGAUUAGCAUUGUAGAGAGCUGUUAGUGGUGCCGCCUGCAGCCGUCGCUUGUGUGCGCCCUGUAAUUACUGUACCCUGUUGCGUGAUUAUACUUUUCUGUACAUUGAAUGGAAAAUGGUUGCUGAGAGGAGAAAUUUCCAAUUUCAUCA